AUGACUGCUGCGUGGAAAGCCGCUGGCCUGACCUACAACCGCUACCUGGCUGUCGCCGCCCGCGUUGUCCGCCGAAGCCUCAAGGAGGAGAAGCGCAUCGCCGUCGAGCGCCGAGGCGAGAUGGACCUUCGAUUUGCCAAGUGGGAGAACGGCAAGCAGGGCGAGCCCAACAUCAUCACCUCCACUGUCGCCCCCUCUUCCUAA